UGAUGCUGAGAGCAAGGACGUGAUCAUUUGGCAGCAGGAUUUGGAGCUGAUCGACUGGCGCUAUCCAGCAGGCAGAUAAGGCUCUGUGGCUGUCAGCUUAACUCUGCCGUUUAUUCCAGUGCUGGAGGGAGUUAAAUAGAGCACACGGAAAGCCUGCUGCUGGGGAGUGAAAGUCAAGGAGGGAGAGGGAAGGAAGAGGCUGGAAUUGGGCAGUGUCCGGGGAGCCGGGUGGAAGUGGCUGCAGGCAGAACCCUUCCAGGACCUGGCAGGCACGCUACAAGGUCAUUCCCUCUCCCUCUGGGGCCGUGUGCCAGGCUGGCUGUUGGAUGUGAAGACACGCUGGAGAAGACCACAAUGCUGCCUACAAGUGCUGGCCACCGGUGGAGGAGCAGGUUCCUCAUGAGGUGGCAGGAGGCUUGUCUGCUUGGCUGCUGGCUCUCACUGUGUGCUGCUGAGUCCUUCUUUGCUUGUCCAUCCUCUUGCAAAUGUAACAGUGGCAACCUGGAAGUGGACUGUAGUGGCUUGGGCCUCUCUUCCAUUCCCUCAGACAUCCCCACAAACACCAGGACCUUCCUCUUUCUCAACAACAAACUCAGCAUCCUGCCAGGAGCAGUGUUUUCCAACCUCUCUGCUCUGCAGAGGCUGGAUCUAUCCAACAACUUCUUGGACCAGCUCCCUCAGAACAUCUUCAGCGACCUGGGGAACCUCACAGAGCUCCAGCUGAGGAACAACAGCAUCCGGGCCUUGGACAAGGACCUGCUGCAGCACACGGCCCUGCUGCGCCAGCUGGACCUCUCCAUCAACGGCUUGGCCCAGAUCCCUUCGGGCAUCUUCGACGACCUGCCUGCUCUCCGCUCCCUCUCCCUCAGGUCCAAUCGCCUGCAGAGCCUGGACAGGGUGACCUUUGAGCCUCUAACCAGCCUGCAGCAGCUCCAGGUUGGGGAUAACCCCUGGGAGUGCGACUGCAACCUCCGAGACUUCAAGCACUGGAUGGAGUGGUUCUCCUACCGAGGUGGGAAAAUCGACCAGCUGGCCUGCACCUUGCCCAAGGAGCUGAAAGGAAAGGACAUGCGAAUGGUGCCCAUGGAGAUGUUCAACUACUGCUCCCAGCUGGAUGACGAGAACAGCUCCACAGUGCUGGACAAUACUGGCCCACCUUGCACUAAAGGAAGCCCUGCUCCUUCCAAAUCUAAAUCAGGCCCAGAAACAGAAGUGGAGCCCAGUGUGGGAUGCCCUCAGAAACAGCGGUACAGGCCUGUGAGCGUGCGCCGGGCCAUUGGCACUGUGAUCAUUGCGGGCGUGGUUUGUGGCAUCGUUUGCAUCAUGAUGGUGGUGGCAGCUGCCUAUGGCUGCAUCUACGCCUCCCUCAUGGCCAAGUACCACCGGGAGCUGAAGAAGAGGCAGCCGCUCAUGGGGGACACAGAAGGAGAACAUGAAGAACAAAAACAAAUCUCUUCUGUGGCGUGAAACCGUUCUAGGAAGGAAGGGACAGCGAUGAAAAAAGGUACCUGAGAGCAGUCAAGCAUGGGGUCCUCCCAAAAUACAUCUACCCAGACAGACUGUGCUAUUGCUCCACUCACCCAAGUAGUACAACAUGCUUCUGGGGGGUCAGGGCACCUGGCUCAAUUUCUUUUCCUCUGCCCCAGGCCCAUUUUGUGCCCUUUCACCCUUGGGCCCUCCCAGACAAAUAAAGUAGAGUCAGACCUCGA